CACCCCCAUUCUGAAGACGAAACUUAAACGUCACCGCCCUUAUUGUUAGUGUUUGGAGACGUGAUCCUAGCGGUUGUUACAGAAGCGAAUGACCUUCUCUGCAAGGAUAUUGCCAGUACCAUAAAACAAGACAUGAGCGCGAGGUCUAUAUCAAAAGCUGAGCUGAUAGCAGUGAUCUCCUUGACAGCAGGAGCAGCUGCUGUUGGCUACCUGGCCUAUAAAACAUUUCUGUCCAAAGACAAGUGCUGUAAGACACGGGUCAAUCUAGAAAUCCAGAAGGACAACCCUAAGGUAGUCCAUGCCUUUGACAUUGAAGACCUGGGAGACAAGGCAGUAUACUGCCGCUGCUGGAGGUCUAGAAAGUUCCCAUUAUGUGAUGGAUCCCACACAAAGCACAAUGAAGACACCGGCGAUAACGUGGGGCCUCUCAUCAUAAAGAGAAAAGAAGCUUGAAGGAUCAUGUAUGCACCACGAUAAAAAUGUAGCUAAAAAGAUGCAAAUGUUAUUGCUUAUAGAAACAUACCAUUAUGAAUUUCAUUUUAAACUAAUUUUAGUUAUCCAUUCAGUCUACAGCAUACCAUAGUAUAUGCACAUUCAGGCAUGGCAAUAAGACUCCCAUUGCAUAGCAGUUUGAUCCAUUCCUGGUUUUACUAUGAGUUUAAUAAGACACACCUGAGUUGUUACCUAUACACUGUGGCUAAUGAAGCUCGUAGUAAAACCUGGAAUGAGUGAAACUGCUAUGUAAUAGGAGUCUUAUUUCCAUCCCUGCAUAUUGUAUGGCAACUCCUUGUUCUUGUAUUAACACUACAUUAGCAGUGAUUCUAUCAUAAUUUGUAUUGAAUCAGGGUGGGACAAAUCAUCUCAGAUUCUGUGGACCAGAUGGUCAAAUCAAAUGUGGAAUAAUAUUGAUAAUAUGCUUUUUAGUGGGUUUCAAACUGUCAGUCCAAAUCAAUUACCUUUUCAGCUGGUUGGGUGAUGUUUCCUGUAAGUGUUAUCAGGUUGUCUAAACACCUUUACAUUUCUUUUUUGCAUCCUGGACUGUACUAGAUAUUUACUGUGUUCAGGAGAAGCAAGGCCAUGCCUGUUGGCUUAGAUAAUUCUAUGAACACAUAUUUAUUGUUAUUUUAGAGAAUUGUUUUAUUUAUUCUCAUGUAUCCUUCAAAUGAUUGUUUUUGUCUAAAAUUGAGAACAUUUCCAUACUGCCUUCCGAAUAGUUUGAUAUUAUUUCACUGUGGUGGACACUACUUAAUAUAUAUUCAGUUAAACACAGCUGAAAGGCCUUGUGUAAACCAGUGUCUCUAGUACUAGCAAGAGAAAUCCAAAAGACAAUCCCGGAACUAUUUGGUAACUUGGUAUUUGGUAGCCUGGUAACCUGGCAACCAAAUUGUGAAAUUGUGUAUAACAGUACAAUUGUAUGGCUAUUGCAAAAUAUUGCUCUCUCUCUCUCUCUCUCUCUCUCUCUCUCUCUCUCUCUCUCUCUCUCUCUCUCUCUCUCUCUCUCUCUCUCUCUCUCUCUCUCUCUCUCUCUCUCUCUCUCUCUCUCUCUCUCUCUCUCUCUCUCUCUCUCUCUCUCUCUCUCUCUCUCUCUAUAUAUAUAUAUAUAUAUAUAUAUAUAUAUAUAUAUAUAUAUAUAGAAUUAUAUAGAUUUUUUUUUUUUUUUAAGGACAUGAUUGUAUAUCAUAUGUUAAAAAAUGUAAAAGUGUCAUUGAGAGUGUUUUUUUUUUUUUAAGUUACAUGAAUAACGCUUUGUAUUUUAUUGGAUGAAAUAUUCCUUCAUUGAAAAUGUAAAAGAAGAGAAAGACAAUGCCUUAGUGAGGAUGGAAGUGGGUUUGUUGUUGGCAUGAUAUGCAUAACUAAUAGGGGAUUGGUUAAAAUCAUUGGUUUUUGAUUUCUUAUAGAAAAGCAUACAAAGUCAUGGCCUUAAAUGUGAAGUUGAUAAAGGCUUACAAAAAAGCUGAUGUUGAAAAGUAAUGAGUAAAAAUAAAGUAGAUGGUAAAAUAAAGAAACUUGAAGUCC